CCUAAGUGGCCCUCCAGUUAAUUUAGUAUGGCCCACAAGCACUCACUGAAUAAGGACUGUCAGGCCCUCUGGAAGGACCAGAGCCUUCCACCAGCAGUGGUGCUGGAGCUAUCCAACCCUCUUCUGCUGGUUGAAAUCAUCCAGAUUACAGAUGAUGACAUUCAAUGCUUGUUGAAUUCAGAUGCAGCUUUGCAGGUGCCUUCAUCUUCGCAGCCAGCAGCAGCUCUGCAGCCAGUUGCAGCUCCCCAGCCAACUGUUGCAAACCAGCCAGCUGCAGCACCCCAGCCACCUGCUGCUCCACAGCCAUCACCAUCACCAGCUGUCCAGCAAAGCUGCAGCCAAAGGCACACAUCUCCAAGUAGUGCACAGAGUUUGAGUUUGUGCUUCAAGUGCUGGAAAUCCAGCAGCAGAUUAGGUUCAGUGUGGACGAGCUGGUGAUGGUGCAGCAGGAGCAGGGGUUUGCUCUACAGUAGAUAUCUCAGGUGCUUCAACA